UAUAUAGUGGCGGCCAAAUUCCACUCGCUCACCUUGAUCUCCUCCUCCUCCUCACAUUCAUCUCAACGAUAGCCUUGUGCCCGCGAAUGCUCGCAACCUCGACGAUUACCACCGCUACCAAACACUGCUACCUCAACAGCUCCUCCAUUCAGUACAGGCGAUACCGCUUUCGAUCCACUACCUAAUCGCACACGCACACCAUAAUGGCACCCAUCGCGACAUCCACUGACGGCGCAGCCGUACCCAAGCUGAGCGCCACUGCCACUGCCGUCAAGGGCAUCGCGCAGACCACGCUGGCCGCUUCAACGGCGCAGCCUCUGGGUGCUGGCCUCUCGAGCAAGGAAAUCAUCCAUCUUGAGCAUGAGCAUGCUGCCCACAACUACCACCCCCUCCCCUGCGUCUUCGAUCGUGCCUCCGGUGCUCACGUCUGGGACCCAGAGGGCAAGCAGUACCUCGACUUCCUCUCAGCAUACAGCGCCGUCAACCAAGGGCACUGCCACCCGAAGAUCGUCGGCGCUCUCAUGGCGCAGGCACAGAGAUUGACCUUGUCCUCAAGAGCCUUCUACUCGAGCACCUUUGGGCCUUUUGCCAAGAAGAUUACGGAGAUGAUGGGGUACGAUAUGGUGCUGCCGAUGAACACGGGCGUGGAGGCCGUCGAAACGGCCAUCAAGCUCGCCCGCAAGUGGGGCUACAAGCACAAGGGCAUCCCCGAAAAUCAAGCAAUCGUCCUGUCCGCAGAAGGCAACUUCCACGGGCGAAGUAUCGCCAUCAUAUCGAUGUCCACCGACCCUGACUCACGCGUAGGCUACGGACCCUUUGUCCCCAACCUCUCCCCCGGCGUCGACUCAAUGCGCAUCAGGCACGGCCACGCCGAAGACCUCGAAGCCGUGCUAGAGAAGCACGGCGACCGAGUAGCAGCGUUCCUUGUCGAGCCCAUCCAGGGCGAAGCGGGAAUUAUGGUCCCGCCGACCGGCUAUUUGCAGAAGGUCAGGGAGCUCUGCACUAAGCACAAAGUCCUGCUCAUCUGCGACGAGAUUCAAACUGGUCUCGGGCGAACGGGCAGAAUGUUGGCCGUUGAGCAUGAGGGAAUCCGUCCUGACAUGAUCACGCUGGGCAAGGCUCUUUCGGGGGGUAUCAUGCCGGUGUCUGCUGUGCUGGGUGACAAGGAAGUCAUGCUCAGCAUGGAGCCGGGAACGCAUGGCUCGACCUUUGGCGCGAAUCCGCUCGGAUGCACCGUUGCGCUGGCCGCGCUCGAGGUGCUCAAGGAGGAGAAGCUGUGCGAACGGGCUGACAGACUCGGCGCCCAGUUCCGCGAGGAGAUGACGAGCUUCAUGAAGAGUGGUCAGGCUCCCCACCUCGUCGAGGUUCGAGGGCGUGGGCUGAUGAACGCCAUUGUGUUGGACUCGGCGCAGAGCAAGAAGAAGAGGUCGGCAUGGCAGCUCUGCUUGCUGCUCAAGGAGAGAGGGGUCCUCUGCAAGCCUACGCACGACAACGUGGUCAGGCUGACCCCGCCGCUAGUCAUCACUGACGAGGACAUGCAGAGGGGCACGGAGAUCAUCAAGAGGGCACUGCUGGAGAUUGAUGAGAUCGAGAGCGUGCCAGGUGAGGAGGAGGGGGUACACUGAGCACGAGUUGCGCCUCAAUGUCAAUGCUAUC